AUGAAUUUCCUCAUGUUCUGCUUCAGACCAGAGGAAGUGGACAGUUUGAGUCCUGUUCUCAGGGACAACCCUCAGCUUCAUGAAGAGGGGUUCUGGCUCAAAGAUCAAAAGGUUCAGGACAUUUUUUUGCAAGGUCCGUAUUCAUUAAAUGGUUACCGAGUUCGUGUUUACAGACAAGACUCAGCCACUCAGUGGUUCACAGGGAUCAUCACACAUCAUGACCUCUUCAGCCGUAAUAUGGUUGUGAUGAAUGACCAGGUUCUAGAGCCCCAGAACGUUGACCCCUCUAUGAUCCAGAUGACCUUUCUGGACGAUGUGGUCCACUCUCUGCUGAAAGGAGAGAACAUUGGUAUCCAGUCCCGACGCAGGUCCCGUUCCAACCAGAACAACUCUGCCCACGGUCACUACACCCGCGCCCAAGCCAACAGCCCCAGACCAGUCAUGAACUCCUCUGGCGGGGCAGUGAAGCAGGGGUCAGGGGUCACCACCCAGCUGGGUCAAGGUCAGGGCGGGUCCCAGAGCCAGCAGUCCCCAGCGCAGCACUCCCCUUGUCAGGAACAGACGCAGCACCGCGGACCUGGCUUCUCCAGGAGGAAGGGAUCUGACAGCAGUGUCCCUGAUGAUGACUUCAAGGGAGACAACGUGGACUGUAACGAGAGAGCAGGGAGAGGAGGUGAGGAUGAUGGUGAAGAUAGAACAAGAGACUUCUUUAAAAGUACGAGCAGCAAGCAGGUGGCUGUGAACAAGCGGAGGAAAGCGGAGGAGGAAGAGGAGGAAGAGGAGAAGAAAUCAGGGUUGAAAAGACUAAGAAGCGAGACUACAGUGAGGUCCGACUUCUCUGAGAGCAGUGACUCUGAGAUGUCUACCAAGAGAACCAGGACGGCAGACUCCUCCUCUUCCUCAGAGCAGAACUCAGAGGAGGAGCUAAAAGGAAAGACCGGCCAGGAGGGGCACAAGACCCAGGGUUCUAAGACUGGGAAGGAGUCUGCUCUGACAGGCAGUCUCUCCCCCUGGGGUGAGGAGCUUCAGAAGGCGGAGUUUCAGCAGUCAUCAGCCGACAGGGAGCAGAGGUCAUCCCUGCGACAACCUCAACGACAGGGGGAACGGUCUCCACUGCAAAAGCAGCAGGCCCCUCCCCUGUCCUCCUCCUCCCAGGGCUCUGCCCCCUCUGAGGGCCAAGGGGAGUGUAUCAUGGAGAACAACAGCACUAUGAAAUCCCAGACCCAUCCCCAGUCCAAGGACCAGUACACCAGCGCUGAGGUGGUCUCCAGGACCCAGACUCCCUCUCAGUAUAUAAUCGACAUCACAGCAGAGGACGCUAACGCACACAUGGCCUCCCGGGAGAACUCUGAGGCCGUCUCGGCCCUGCUGGCCUCCCAGAAUCCAUCUGAGCCCUCCUACCUCUCUGAGCCCAGUAGACAUUUGGUGCUGAACCCCUCUGUUGCCCCUCCCUCUCCCCUUCGUAAGAGCCCCUCGGAGUGUGACCUUAGGAACCAGACUCCCUCAGUGUUCGAGUGUGACCUUAGGAACCAGACUCCCUUAGUGUUAGAGUGUGACCAUAGCAACCAGACUCCCUCACUGUCAGAGUGUGACCAUAGCAACCAGACUCCCUCAGUGUCAGAGUGUGACCUUAGGAACCAGACUCCCUCAGUGUCAGAGUGUGACCUUAGGAACCAGACUCCCUCAGUGUCAGAGUGUGACCUUAGACACCAGACUCCCUCAGUGUCAGAGUGUGACCUUAGACACCAGACUCCCUCAGUGUCAGAGUGUGACCAUAGCAACCAGACUCCCUCAGUGUCAGAGUGUGACCAUAGCAACCAGACUCCCUCAGUCUCAGAGUGUGACCUUGGGAACCAGACUCCCUUGGUGUCAGAGUGUGACCUUAGGAACCAGACUCCCUUAGUGUCAGAGUGUGACCUUAGGAACCAGACUCCCUUAGUGUCAGAGUGUGACCUUAGGAACCAGACUCCCUUAGUGUCAGAGUGUGACCUUAGGAACCAGACUCCCUUAGUGUCAGAGUGUGACCUUAGGAACCAGGCUCCCUCAGUGUCAGAGUGUGACCUUAGGAACCAGACUCCCUCAGUGUCAGAGUGUGACCUUAGGAACCAGACUCCCUCAGUGUCAGAGUGUGACCUUGGGAACCAGACUCCCUCAGUGUGUAGGAAGCCGGAGGUAAAGCAUGACAUCGCUGGCAGCCUGGGCAGUAAGAUGGGGUUAGUCCAUUCAGUGGUGAUCAGACCUAUAGCAUCAGUCAGUGAGUCUGCUGCUGUAGUAGAGAGAGAGAAGCAGCUAUAUUCCUCCAUGCUGCCCUGCAUUAAGAACGCCUCAUUGGCCGACGAGGCCAGGAAAUCGUACAAGCUAAGCCCCUCCCCUGAUAUCCCCAAGCCCCUCCCCUCCCCAGAGGCCCUGAAGCCGAAGCCCCUCUGCUCCCCUGACAUUGUCAAGUCUAAAACACAGAGUGUUCUGGAGACUUGUUCUAAACCCAAACCCCUCCCCUCCCCAGAGGUGUCCAAGCAUAAAGGCCGUUACCCGGACAACACCCCUCGCUCCAGCUUUAAGCCCGUCCUGGCCCGAGGGACUGAGUCGCCAGGAUCUUGCACUAAGAGCCCGCUAAUCAUCGAUAAGAACGAGCAUUUCACCGUGUAUCGGGACCCUGCGCUUGUCCGUCCCAACCAGGAGACCAACCACGUGUCCUAUCUGCACCCCCAGCUCCACCUCCACGCCUCCUGCCUCACCCCCUCUUCCACCCACCACCACACAUCCCACUCCCACCACCUCCUCUCCGGGGUGCUCUCUGGCCUGCCUCCAGGCCCCUUGCUGGGGGGUCAUCCCCGACUAGACUCCUCAGGGCUGGGGCACCUGGGACUAGCUCAUCACCACCCUGUCUCUCAGCCCCAGACACACAGCCACACCUCAGCCUCAUACAACCAGCUGGGGCUGUAUCCAAUCAUCUGGCAGUACCCCAAUGAGACCCACUCCUAUCCCCCCAGACUCAACCUGCCCGGGUCCAAGUGGGUGCACCCUGAAAACCCUGUCAGCUCUGAGACCAACAUGAGGAGGAACACGGCCAGCCCUUGGCUACACCACCAGGUCCCUGUCUCCUCCUCUGACAGCCUGGACCAACUAAGCCACGUCCCGGUCCCCAUCCGACCAGCCAGCGCCGACCCUCACCGGUCCGACCCCCAUCCCCACCGUUCAGAACCACACCGCUCGGACCCCCACCGGCUCAUCAAGAUCAACCCCCACGCCAGCCCCCCCCUGCCACCGGCCAAGACCGCUGGAGAUCUUCACAGGGAGGAUCUGAAGGGUUUUGUGGACCCCAUCAGAACCAUCACUCUGGCCCACCUGAAGCAGGAGCAGGACCGCAGCAGAACCCCGACCGGGAAGGACAGUCACCUGCACCAGCUCUACCUGGAGGCCUGUAAUAAACAGCAGCAGCAGAGGAUGGCCCAGCAACAACAGGAAGCAGGGCAGAGGGACCGGGCCAGUCAGUAUAAGGAGGAGAACAGGCGGAUCCUCCAGGAGAGCAUUGAGGUGGCCCCCUUCACCGCUAAGAUCCGCGCCAGUGAGACCGACAGGGAGCCUAACCCCUACCCCGGAUCCCUCCUCCCCUCCCUGCCCCACCCCUACCCCCGGAUCCCCUCGCUCCCCUCCCUGCCCCACCCCCAGCGCCUUCACCAGGAGAAGGAAACGGAGCCCCCUGCUGCAGACCUGUAUCAGUUUAAACAGCAGUCCCAGCACAGUCUCCCCCCUAGUAACUACUUCACUACCCUGUCCAACAGUGUGGUCAACGAGCCACCGCGUCUCUACCCCUCUAAAGAGCUCAACUCAUACUUUGACAAGGUGAGCAGGGAGCAGGAGUCUGCAGCAGCCUCUAGUCUCUCUCUGGGAGGAGGGGCAGCGUUCAGCUCCAAGUCCCUGUCCAAACCCCCUCCUCUCAUCAAACACCAUGCUGAUGGGGAGGGUCUGCUAGGGAAGAUAUCAGAGCAGCUGAACCAGCAGGUAAGCUUAUCCAACAUGCAGAGGUAUCGUCUCAGUACCAUAGUCAGCCCUGUUAGUCCAGACCUCUCGCCUUCCUCCAGUCAGAGUCAGAGUCAGACCCGAACCCACUGUCAGACCCAGAGUCAGACCCAGAGCCAGACCCGAACCCACUGUCAGACCCAGAGCCAGACCCGAACCCACUGUCAGACCCAGAGCCAGACCCGAACCCACUGUCAGACCCAGAGCCAGACCCAGAGCCAGACCCGAACCCACUGUCAGACCCAAGCCCAGCUAAGGUGUAUGCCAGCUCUGCACCGUGCCCCUGUGUUCCACCCUCCUAUCCAGCAGACACUGGACAGGAAGGAGGCGGGCUACGGCCGUUUGUCUCCACCCACCCUGACCCCCAUCCAGCCAGUCAGCUCGGCCGGUAAGGUGUCUGAGCAGCAGAAACCGCCCACCCUUCUGCCCGAGCUACGGGAGGUCAGCGCCGUGUGUAAGGGCGGGGCAGCGAUGACCUCAUCCGAGGUGUGGCGAGCCGGCGACUCUCAGAGCCACGACAAGCUGGGUUGGCAUUCUGAGAGGAGCCCUGGCAGGAAGCCUGGGGCCACCACGGCGUCUGUUAUCGUCCGUCCCUCCACGUGUAUAAAGUACGACGGCUCGCCAGGCGCCAAGACCUCUUCCUCGACCAAGGACUCUCUGAUGGGGAGGAUGUUCCCAGGCGGCAGGCCUCAGACAGUCUGUCUGAAACUGGCCUAUGAGAGAGACAGGGAGUCUGGAGGGAAGGUGAUCCUGCCAAACACUAACUUGGAGGAGGCUGUUUGCGUGCAGCAGUACAAUAACAACUUUAUGAGAGUGUCCCAGUCUCAGGGAACCUUUCCAGUCUCUGUCUCGGCUGCUGCCAACUCUGUGUGCAAUAGGAGUAGUGAUGUGACUAGGGCAGUCUCCAACAUGGCUCCCUACGGUGUGCUGAAUAGAACCUACUGUGGUCCCAACACCUCCAGCGCUAGCAGGACAGAGAGCUGUGGCCCUCGGGGCAGGGCCUUCCACUCAGGGCCUGGGUUAGAACCAAGGGCCGAGCUCCAGCAACAGGAGGGGAGCUCCUCCAGAACCUCAUCCCCCAACCUGCACCCCAGCCCCAGCCUAGCCAGCAGCACCCAGGCCUCUUCCAACCCCAGCCAGUCCUACUAUGGGAGCUUUAUCCAUCUGAAGAAGCACAAGGCAGCGUUGGCAGCAGCCCAGCAGUCCAGAGGUCCUAGCAGCAGCACCAGUGGUAGUGGUCCUGAGAGCCUGAUUGAGCCAUCUAACAGUAAAGCUCUUCACAUCCCCCCUCCACCUCACCUUGCCUCGGCCUCAGCCCAGAACCACAGAACCACAGCAAGCCCAGGACCACAUCAAGCAGGAGCUAUCCCCAGCCCUGGCCCCCUCCCCAAUGGCCAGCCAGCCCAGAUGAACCAGAGCCAGUCUCAACCCAACUACCACAAGCUGAAGAAGGCCUGGCUCACCAGACACUCAGAGGAGGACAGAAACAUAAACACUAUGAUGAAAACAGAGGAGGCUGAUAAGGCUGUUACCACCACUUCUGUGUCCCCCUCUGUGUCCAAGUCUGUUACCACCACUGUGAGCCCCUCUGUGUCCAAGGCUGUUACCACCACUGUGAGCCCCUCUGUGUCCAAGUCUGUUACCACCACUGUGAGCCCCUCUGUGUCCAAGGCUAUUACCACCACUGUGAGCCCCUCUGUGUCCAAGUCUGUUACCACCACUGUGAGCCCCUCUGUGUCCAAGUCUGUUACCACCACUGUGAGCCCCUCUGUGUCCAAGUCUGUUACCACCACUGUGAGCCCCUCUGUGUCGAAGGCUGUUACCACCACUGUGAGCCCCUCUGUGUCCAAGGCUGUUACCACCACUGUGAGCCCCUCUGUGUCCAAGUCUGUUACCACCACUGUGAGCCCCUCUGUGUCCAAUGCUGUUACCACCACUGUGAGCCCCUCUGUGUCCAAGUCUGUUACCACCACUGUGAGCCCCUCUGUGUCUGAGAUGGAGAUGAUCAAGCCUUGCACCGUCACUCUGAUUGCCUCUACCUCCAGUGAUGUGGAGAUGAAGAUAGAAGAGGUCAAAGGUCAGGAGGACAAGAUGGCCGCUGAGGACAGGAUUACGCGGCGUGGGAGCAAGAGGGUGUACGACCACGACUCGGCCUCAGAGAGCGGAGAGGACUCUGACGCCAGCGAGAGCACCAAGCAGGAGCAGAGGGCGAAGAGGCAGCCCAAACCCACCUACAAGAAGAAACAGAACGACAUGCGCAGGAGGAGAGGAGACGGAGAGAAAGAUGAGGAUGACCUGAAACCCAACGGGAUCUUUAGGAGCGCCAGGGAGAAGACCAAGCUGAAACUGUCCAGCAACAAUGGUAUCCCCCGCUCUGUGCUGAAGGACUGGAGGAAGGUGAAGAAGCUGAAGCAGACGGGGGAGUCGUUCCUGCAGGAUGACUCGUGCUCCGAGAUUGGACCCAACCUGCAGAAGUGUCGGGAGUGUCGUGUUGUUCGCAGCAAGAAGGGGGAGCAGCCAGCUCAUUCCCCUGUCUUCUGCCGCUUCUACUACUUCCGCCG